GAAUACAAAAGCAGCCCCAGGCUGUGGCGCUCCACCACGCCGUCCACGUGCGCCUUGCUGUCUCUCGAUUUCUCGCUAAGAUCUCCAGCCUCUCCGCGGCUCGAAAUGGACCCCAACUGCUCCUGCGCCACUGAUGUCUCCUGCGCCUGCGCCGGCUCCUGCAAAUGCAAAGAGUGCAAAUGCACCUCCUGCAAGAAGAGCUGCUGCUCCUGCUGCCCUGUGGGCUGUGCCAAGUGUGCCCAGGGCUGCAUCUGCAAAGGGGCGUCGGAGAAGUGCAGCUGCUGUGCCUGAUGUGGGAAGAGCUCUGCUCCCAGAUGUAAAUAGAGCAAACUUCACAACCUGGGUUUUUUUUUAAUACAACCCUGAGCCAUUUUCUGCAUUUCUUGUUAUAUUAAAUAUGUGAAUGGCAAUAAAACAAUUUUGACUUGAAUCUUAA